AGCAAUCUUUUCUGUUCACACAAAAAUCAAUCUCAGAAGCCAAAAUCAUAAUUUCUUGAUCUCUAGAUUCUUUCGAUCAAUUCAGCGAAUCAUCCCUCUCGAAUUCGAUAUUGCCUAGAUUCUAUGGCAGAGACACAAGGGAGAAGCUCCGGCACGGGGAACCGCCGGAGAACGCCCACGAGAUUACAGAGUAGAGCGCCGGCGUCCAUACAGGUGAGCCCAGCGUCGGAGUUCGCUGCGGGGUGGAAGGUAGCGAUCCCUCUUCUUUCACCGUUGGUAUUGUCACCCGCGUCGCCUGAUCCAGAGGAUCGGACGGUGGAGACGUUGAAAUCACCAUCAUCGUCGUCGUCAUCAUCAUCAUCAUCAUCAUCAUCUUCUUCUAGGGAGGAACCAAGGCAACAAGAACGGCAGACGUCGGAGGCCGAGAGGCCCACUGUCAAGAGCUGGCAACAUCCGGCGGCACCCUUCUUCUAUGAACCGACUCCGUUUGUACCCUCUUUUGUACCGGUGUAAAUAGUAUCAAUACUUAGAAGGAGAGAAGGCAUUCAUGCAUGCAUUGGAUGAUGAUGAUUGAUGCAUGCAUAUGGAUUUAUAUAUAUGUUUAGUUGUGAUGAUGAACGACCACCCAUGUCUAAAUUUUUUUCCCAUCUUCAUGGGUUUUUGAUUUUUUUUUUUUUCCAUGGGGGUUAAUUUUAUUGUAAUUUCACUAUUCUCUACACAAAUGUCAUGUAUAUGACAAUGGGAGUUGUCUUAUUCCAAAAAUUUCCCCAAUUUUGUUCCUUUUCAUUUAUGUAAAGCACAUCAACAUGUACAUAUGUACAUACAUUCAUGAUUUCUCYUUGGUAGGCA